AUGACAGGAUACAGAGGUGUUAUCGACACAGGGAUUCCACUGAAUGCAUCAAUUGCGAUGGCGAAGACCGCUCGCCGAAGACGUCUGCUCUCAGUUGACAAGGCAAUAAAUGCAUUAUCAUUAUCGGAAGAGCAGGAUUUCAGCCUCUGGAGGAAUUCAAAGGGCAAGUUUAAACCCUGUUUCAGCUCAAAAAAUACCUGGGCACAGCUUCGUGAGGCUCAUCCUCUGGUCCAAUGGCAUAAGGGUAUAUGGUUUAAGUUUGCGAUGCCAAAGUAUGCUUUCUGCUCAUGGUUGGCAAUCAAAAAUCGGCUCUCAACAGGUGACCGUAUGAUCGCUUGGAAUCCAGGUAUUAACUCGGGAUGUAUCUUCUGCCCUGCAUCAAUAGAGACAAGGGAUCAUUUAUUCUUCCCUUGUCCAUUCUCUGCAACAAUAUGGACAUGUUUAGCAUCAGGUCUGCUCUCUUCUCGAUUCACUAUGGAUUGGAACAGCUUAACACAAAUCAUCUCGUAUGACAGCUUGGCCCCUAUACCUAUGUUUCUUACCAGAUAUGUGCUACAAUGCUCAAUCCACACUAUCUGGAGAGAAAGGAACUCGCGACGGCAUGGAGAACUUCCAAAUGCUUCAUCUCGUAUAAUUCAGCAGAUCGACAAGCAGAUUUGGAAUCAGCUUUCCACUAUACGAUCAUCGGGAUUCUCCAAGCUGGAGGGCAGCCUUCAGCACUGGUUUGCCACUAGAUAG